UUCAAAUUUGAACAGAAACUGUUUGUAUCGAAGAAGAGGAACCGAGUAGAAAGGAGCUCUGUGCGCUUCUCGUCUUGUUUCGUUAGUUUAUUUUUAUACAGAGAGGCAGCGCAUAGAACUGGUAGCAUACUCCGUUUAUUAAGUACUUCUCAAGUGGAUACUAACUGUCCGAGAUGGACCCGUUUACUGAGAAACUUCUGGAGCGGACCCGGGCCCGCAGGGAAAAUCUACAGAGGAAACUAGCAGAGCGUCCAAAUGCAGUAAACAGACAGAUGGUCAAAAGGCCCAGGGAGCCUCUAACUGAAUCAAACAGUACCAUCGCUGACUCUGUCAUUGAGAAAGUUCCACAGAUAUCUUCCAAGCCAUCCCCUUCUAAACGCAGAUGCUCAGAGGAAAACAACCAAGUGGCUCCAGAUGAGGAGAACCAGGUGCCAGUGAUGACCCGAGCUGUGGCCCCUGUACUAUCAGACCCUCUGACGGACAAGAAGCCACCAGUGGACCCAGCCAGCGUUCGAGCUUCCUCUUCGCUUGAGAAGACUUCGACCCGACCUGUUGCUCAGUGUCACCCUGAGGAGAUGAAAACUGCACAGCCAGAGAAUAUCGUCGCCACUCCGUGUCCUGAUCCUCCGAGCAACAGAGAGGCGCCAACGGGACCUUCUGGUUCUGCCCUGCAGAGAAACACGGCAGAUCUGGUAGAGGAUCUGACUCCUUUUAGUGCUGGAAUGAAAUCACGCCUGCAGAUGCUGGCAGAGCAGAGGAAAUGCUGGGAUGGCGAUGAUGACUCUUCAGAUGCCGUGCCGGACAGCACCCCCCUGACCUUGUUAAAGAAGCAAGUUGAUGUCCAACCACCUACCACACCUCCCCCCUCAGAAGCUCCAGUGGGGCGGAGAGGCAGGCUGGCCAACCUGGCUGCCACCAUUGGAUCCUGGGAGGAUGACCUCAGUCAUGCCCACAUUCCCAAAGAGAAGCCUGGAACGGCUUCUGUUCCCAAGUUUGCUGUCAAAGCGGCCUCUGUUGCUGUCAGUUCAAAGCAAAGUGCAGCGAUGUCCAGUUCAACAGCAGCCAACAAGUCUGCUUCCAACCGUAACCAGGAGGCUUUGUAUUCUCCAGUUAAGUCUAGUCAGGUGGUUCUUCCAAGGGCCCAGAAGGCUGACGUUCCAGCAUCUAAACCCACUGUUCAGUCGGUGCCAAAUCCCCUGAAGAACUCCAACCGGGGAGCCGUCCUCCAAUCCAGUCCAUACAAGGCAACCUCCUCAGAUGCAACAUCAGGACGCCAGAGUCCACUAAAGACUCAGGUUUUCCCCAGGAGUCCUAGUCACACCGCCAGCCCCCAUAGGCCAGAACUCUGUGAUAAACUCAUCAGUUCUGCUUCAUCGGGCCACCAGGAAACAGUCACUGUUGGAGGUCCAGGUGUAAAAUCUUUCCUGGAGCGCUUUGGAGAGAGAUGCCAGGAGCACAAAGGACAGAGCACUCCGGCCAGAGUUCCUGCAGGAGCCAAGAUGGCUCCGAUAACUCCAUCAGCCACAGCAAACAACAAGCUGGUGCAGGAGAGGCUCCGCACCGCCCAGGCUGCACACACAGCCACUGCUGAGCUCACUCAGAGACAGAAGAUGGAGCGUGAGUCUGAGCUGGCUCAGAUCCGCAGCCGCUUCCAGAAGGGGAAAAAUGUGUGGGAAAACAAGGAUAAACAGGCGGACAAGACAAACGCACACGUCAAGGAACAACCUGUUGAACCUUACCAGAGUGAAGUUUCCUCGUGUGACCCACAAGAUGAAGCCGCAACACCUUCUAGUGAGGAACUGAAUACACCUAUCAAGAGUCCUCCUCCAGGUCGUGGAAAAAUGAUGACCCCUCCAGCCUCAACCUCUAGCCCCAUGCAGCCUGUCAGCCAAACUGUAGAGAAGCUGAGUGAAGAAACUCUGGAGGUGAUCCAGGAGAAGGAGAUGAAUGUGGACCAGUCCAUCAACUCAGCUGUUAUAAACGAGCUGUUUGAUGAAGUCCUGGAGCAGAGUGAGGAUGAAGAGGAGGAGGAAGAUGCUUUAAAUAUCUCCUCCAUGUCCCUCCUUACUCCACUGGCAGAGACUGUCGCUGCUGUAGUGAAGAGUCCAGAAAGAAGAUUAAUGACGUCAACUCCAGCCAGUUCAUUCCUUGUGAAGAGCAACAGCCCAGAAAACAGAAGCAGUCCCAGUAAGUUCCAGCAAGCCAACGUGGCAAGGACCGCCUCCUCCUCUGACAGUGUCGACAUCUCACACGAGGACCACAAACUGCCGUAUAGCAUCGAUGCAUACAGAUCCAUUAGAGUGAAGGAACCAGAGAGGCCUGCAGUAAAGCAGGUUAUUGUGAGAAAGGAAGAUGUUUCUAGGAGAACAGAGGAGCCCCGGGCAGCUAGUCUCUUCAGCAUGAAACAGAAGAUGAAGAUAUUGACCAAUGAGAUAAACCUACAGCAGACAGUCAUCCAUCAGGCCAGCCAGGCCCUCAACUGCUGCGUUGAUGAAGAGCAUGGCAAAGGAUCCCAGGUGGAGGCUGAGGCAGAGAGACUGCUGCUCGUAGCCACGGAGAAAAGGGAAGUCUUAAAGGCAGAGCUAGACUGUCUGAAAGGAGACCCAGUAGGGCAGAAGAAGAUUCCUGCUACAGAACCUGCUGCCGUGUCCGCCUCCAAGGGUUCCAUCACCCUGCAGGACCUCCGCCUGCCUCUUAAGGCUGACUUUGUUUGCUCCACUGCCAACAAACCUGAUUCAACUAAACAUUCAUUUUUCAUCAUGAUGCGCGCUGGAGCCGAGAAGACUGUGGCUACUCCAUUAGCCAGCACUCACCGUGGCCUCAGUGGAGACACCCUCACCUUCCCCACCAAAUUCACUCUGUCUGAUGUCUCCAGUGACUUCAAAAUAGACCUGGAGGUUUACUGUUUGGUACAAAAACCUGAGAUCUGCAAUGAGAAGAAGAAGAAAUCCAGCAAAUCAAAGACGAUCUGGAGGCAUGUUUCUGAAGCCCACAGUUUGUGUAUGUUGGCUAUCACUCCAAAGAGAUUCCUCACCAUUACGAAAAGUGCACAGACACCAGUGGUGGCAAGCCCUGGGGGUCCCAAUGCUGUACGCACCAGUAACUUUGUGCUGGUUGGAUCUCACACUCUGACUCUGUCCUCGAUUGGGAAAAACAAGUUUCCUCUGGAGAAGGUGCCGUUCUUGUGCCCCCUGGAGGGCCACAUCCACCUGAAGAUGCAGUGUGAAGUGGGUGUAAAGGUGGAGGAAAGGGGCUUCUUGACCAUGUUUGAAGAUGUAAGUGGGUUUGGAGCGUGGCACAGAAGAUGGUGUGUUCUGUCAGGAUACUGCAUCUCUUACUGGACCUAUCCUGAUGAUGAAAAGCGAAAGAAUCCCAUCGGUCGCAUCAACCUGGCCAUCUGCACCAGUAAGAAGGUGGAGCCAGCCAACCGAGAGUUUUGUGCCAGACCAAACACGUUUGAACUCAUUACAGUUAGACCACGGAGAGAGGAAGACAAAGAGACGUUAGUCAGUCAGUGCAUGAACACCAUGUGUGUCACCAAAAACUGGUUGAGUGCCGACACCAAGGAUGAGAGGAAUCUGUGGAUGAAGAAACUGAACCAGAUUCUGGUGGAUCUGCGGAUGUGGCAACCAGAGGCCUGCUGCAGGCCUCUGUAAUCACAGCCCCCGACCACAGUCAACCUUUAUAGCUCUCUGGACUGUCUUAUCAGUGAUAAACAAUUAAGUGCAAUAUAUAAUAUGAAAAAUGUUUAAUAUUUUACCAUGUGGAUAUUUGAUGGGAGAUGACCAAUCACAUCCACUAACUUAAAUCCAGAGGAGGUAAAUAAAGCCAUAUGUUGGACAUUUGACAACAGUAUUUUGUUUAGGAGAUAAGGCUUUGGAACCUUAUUUUAUUCAUCGCCAGCCUUGUUUUUCAUUCUUACGUUUUCUGAUAUUGUUUAAUGCAAACGUUUUAUGUCAUGCAAAUAUUUAGUCUGUGUUGCUUUAACUAAUUUGGUGUCAAUGAUGAUUAAUGCAUUUACUAUAAUGAAAGUUCAGGGUCACUACUAAACUGCUAGACUUUUAUCACAUUUUAUCCUGCAUGGCUGCCCCAACCAACAGCAGUGCUUUUCAUACGUUUCUAUUUUAUAUAUUUGCUUUUCUGAUUUGUGACAUUCACCAAGAUGAACCUGUUUUUAAAGGAAUUUCUACACCAGACUUUAUUCUGUUUGAAAUCUGUAAUUGUUUGAAUGUGGAAAGUUUUGGAUAAAUGGGAAUGGGGUCUGUUACAUACUCUACACUGAGUCUAUACGUCUGUCGGAUGGUCAGGUGACUCUUACUGGUUGAUGAAUGAAUAUGUAGUUAAACGAUUAUUCCUUGACUGAAGGAAGAUGGAGGAAGCAGACUUUUAGCCCAGACUUGUUCACGGCUUGUCGGACCGGUACCCACAGUGAUGUGCUCGUCCUGUUCAGUGGUUUAAAGUUCUGAACAGGAAUGCAUUAACUAUUGAUUUCGUAUGUCACAGACCUGCAGGUGCUGAUUAUGUGUUUUUCAAUAUGAUUGGUUAAAAGAUGGCCCUUUUUCACCAUGUUGAGAAUGAAUACAGGUUUUUUUAAAAGUU